CCUCAAGCCUGUCCAUACGAUUCCCACAUCCAGAAUAUUUCAAAGCUCAAAUGGACUUAAACUAUUGACAUUACACGUGAUACAAUCCCUUCUUUACCAGCUGAAAAGGAUCCGAGUUUUUUGAAUCUCAAAUGGUCGAAAUUAGUAAAAACACUGAUAUAUAGGCUCUGGGUUGUCAGGUCAUAGGCGCGACUCGUUCAGCUAAUUCUAGUAACGCCGGCAAAUGAAAUCAAAUCAUUUAUCGUAUCAAAUCAUUACCUUUUUCCCUUUCAUCGCAUGGAGCCGCUGUCCAACAUGUGCAGUCACAACACGUGUAUCAAUCUGUCCUGGCUUUGGCCCUUUCUCAGACGAAAUUGAAGAUUCAAACUGCAAGAAUUCAAUUAUUUGGAUUUGUGUUUGCGUAUUGCACCUCUGGGCCACCGGAUGGCUUGCUAACGCCAACACAGAUACAGAACCUGGGCUUCCUGUGGUAAAGGAGCGAGACACUGGGAUCUACGCCCAUAAUGCCUCACUCCUCACAUGCGGUAAAGAAUCCAAGAUGGCGAUGUACUGCUCAAUUAGCAACGAAGUCCCCGAACAUGCCUGCCUUUCACCUGUAUCUGGCCAUGUCUUUGAAAAAAGACUGAUAGAAAAGUAUAUAGCUGAGAAUGGUACAGAUCCUAUUACUGGAGAAGCACUAGCAGAGGAGCAGCUUAUUGAUAUAAAAGUGAGUCCUCUCGUUAAGCCAAGGCCACCAUCAGCAACUAGUAUUCCUGCUAUUUUAAAAACCUUGCAAGAUGAAUGGGAUGCAUGCAUGUUGCACACAUUCUCGUUACGACAGCAGCUUCAAACAGCUAGACAAGAACUUUCUCAUGCCUUGUAUCAACAUGAUGCUGCUUGCCGUGUGAUUGCUAGGUUGACCAAGGAAGUUACUGCUGCCCGUGAAGCUUUGGCCACUCUGAAACCACAAGCUGGUAUUGCCGUCACUCCAAUCACACCUACUCCUGCGGCAUCUAUGCCAGCUGAAGAAAAGAUGGAAGUAUCUGCUGCUGAGCCUGAAGGAGAAGCUGGCAUGUCAGAGGAAGUGCUACAAAAGUUGCAAAAAAAAGCAACUCUCCUUACAGCGGAGCGUAAAAAGAGAGGAAAGAAAAUGCCAGAAGACCUCACAACACCAGAUGAAAUCAGAAGCUAUCAUCAAGUUGCUACUUAUCCAGGUCUUCAUAGUGCAAGCACUCCUGGAAUCCUUGCGCUUGAUGUUCAACUUUCAGAUACAUCUAAAGUGUUGACAGGUGGACUUGAUAAAAGUGCUGUUGUAUUUCACAAAGACGCAGAACAGGUUGUUGCAACUCUCAAGGGACACACCAAAAAGGUCACCAAUGUUAUCUACCAUCCUACAGAGGAAAUUGGUAUUACAGGAUCAGCUGAUAGCAGUAUUAGAGUCUGGUCUAUAUCCAAUGCAUCGUGCGCUCACAUUAUCAAGGCACAUGACCAAGCUGUCACUGGGCUCAGUCUUCAUGCUACUGGUGAUUUCUUGUUGAGUUGUUCUGCUGACCAGCACUGGGCAUUCUCUGAUAUACAUACUGGACGUGUCUUGACUAAGUGUCUAUCCGACCCAUCUGUCAAUCAAGGUCUAACUUGUGCCCAGUUUCAUCCUGAUGGUCUUAUCUUCGGUACUGGAACUUCUGAUAGCUUAAUCAAGAUCUGGGAUCUCAAGGAGAGGGCUAACGUAGCCAAGUUCCCUGGACACUCUGGACCAAUAAAAGACAUCAGCUUCUCUGAAAAUGGUUACUACUUAGCUACUUCAGCAGAUGAUUCAGUCGUUAAGUUAUGGGAUUUGAGAAAACUUAAAAAUUUCAAGACCAUCACACUUGAGGAUAGAUUUGAGGUGAAAUCACUCAGUUUUGACCAGAGUGGUACUUACUUGGCCGUAGGAGGAACUGAUAUACAGAUAUACUUGGUAAAGCAAUGGGAGUUGCUGAACAGUUUUAACGAUCACACUGGUCUAGUAACAGGAGUUAAGUUUGGUAGACAUGCCGGUUCUGUCAUCUCUUCUAGUAUGGAUCGUCACCUCAAAUUCUUUUCUUCAUAAACUCCCAUCUGGAUAGCUGUGUAAACAGGACAUUUUAGUAUUUUUAUCAACUUCUAAUCAAACAGACAGCAUGUUUAUAUGCAUAACUGUACAGGUUUUUAAAAUCUAUUUACCAAGCAGUGGGUAGACAUUAGGUGAACAUGGUUGAACUUCUAUUAGACUUCUAUUAGCUUGGGCAUAAAUUAUUACCAUUUCAGACCACGUGUCAUUCCCCAGAGUAUUAUCUCUUUGUCUAAUGGCUGUGCAUGAGAAGACUCAUGAAUAUCGAUACCACUUUAACAAAAUAUGGUCUAAAAUGGAAAACCUUCAACCAAGUUAAAGGUCUAUUAGACGUAGCAACUGCCUUGUAACCUGUAACCUUGGUAACCUGUCAUAGUCAUAAAUUAUUGCAAAGAAAUAGAGGUUGGUUGCUUGUAGGUGACCACUUACUAAAUGUUCUACUGUGAUUCCAAAGUCCUGAGUUAUCACUGCACAUGAAAUCAAUGUAUAAAACCUGCGUCAAAUCUCAUUCAUGUAGCAAAGCAAAUUAAUUUCCUUCAAACUUUUACAUUUUCCAACCAGUUACAGCGCAACGCGCAAAAGUAUGACCACAUUUUAUGUAUUCCCAUACUUCUAUGCACAAGCUUUUUGCUGUCAAAUGAGGGUUAUCAUGUCUUAUUUGGUAAAACAAGCCAGAUUCGCAUUGAAAUGUGUCAGUUUAACUCACAAACGCCUGUGCACAUAAGUAUGCAAAUACAUUAAAAUAUAUGUUGUCAUAGUUUUGCACAUUGAGCUGUAAGAACAACAACCCUUUUAAGCUCCAGCUGGACUUAAGGAAACAACAACUUUAAUAGCCAAAUAACUGUAGGUGUUAUCAUGUUUUAAAGCACUUGGGGAUUGGUUGAACACCCGAGAAGCAUAGAGAAUUUCUAUCCUAUGCUUUUGUGCUUCUAACACUUCUCUCGUGUCCUGCCAAUCCCCACAAAUAUGUCCUGUGGUCAAGAUCAGGUGCCAAAUUCUUUUCCAGUAUUGAAUCUAAUGCAUUCCUAAACAUCAAUGCUUUUUAAAAGCUUUUUCUAUGCUUGGAAAAAUUGGUUUCUGAACUGGGACUGCGAGCACACAACAUGAAAAAAUUUGUAAAAUAAGCAAUUUGUACGAUGGCAGACAUUUAUUUUUACUAACACUACCAAAAUGCUUUGCAUGUCUUGGUACUUUGUCAAAUUUUCAUUUUCUCAUGAGAGUAGUAAGACAAUUGGUGCUAAUUAACUGAAUAAAAAGAAGUCUGCAAAGGAUUCUUGUAGUUAUAGUAAAUUAUGCUAUAAUGGCUUAUUCUCUUAUUUGUAAGAUGAAGUCAAGACUUAUAUUCAUUAAUUUUGACAUCUUUAGAUUCCAGUUUUCUGUUAUUUCUACUGCCUGCAUGUCUUCUUUUUGUGUUCU